UUAUGUUGAACAAAGUGCGCAGCCGCUUUCACUCUUUUCGAGAUUCAAACCGAACGUCUGUAGCCUUGAGACUUGCCAGGCUGCCGAAGCUGAUCAAGGUACUGCGGGGAUACUCAUGGAGGUGUUCUGUUCUGUUUUGAAGUUGACCUAGUGCAUUUUAUUGUCCUUUUAUAAAGACGAAUUUAUAUUUGAAGAAGUGUUCGUCUGUCUUAGAAACUCUUUUGAAUCGGGAAAGGAUAUCAACGCGCUAACGAGAUAGGAAGCGGCUACGAGCUAACGGUGUGAAAAUGCCCCUGAUGAUGUAAGCGGCCUGUGCUCCUGUGAAGCUGACGAUGAGCGAGGUACAGGCCACGGUGGAGUUUGCCGUGGAGCUCCGCAAGUUCUACAACGUGGACCUGUUUCAAAGAGGGUUCUACCAGAUCCGGGCCUGUAUGAAAGUGCCACCACGGGUUCCUCACAAAGUAGAAGCUAGUCUCCUUUACCCAGCAGGUUCUGACCUGGCAUUCCCUGCCACUGUGGUGGAUGACGUCAUCUGCAGCAAGACCUUCCAGAUCCUCUAUAAGAAUGAGGAGGUGGUGGUCAACGACGUGCUGAUCUUCAAAGUCCUGAUGCUGUUGGAUGAGAAGAAGGUAGAAGAGUCCCUCAAUGACAUGGACUUCCAGCUCUCAUUGGAUCUGUUCUUCACCGACGGCGACUACUCGCCCGAGGACCCGAGCUUGCUGCAGAACAUCAGCAGCCGUUCGCUCCGUUUGCACUUUAGCCUGAACCGAGGCAUCCACCAGCACGUAAAUGUCAUGUUUGACUAUUUUCACCUGGCCGUCGUCUCUGUGGCCGUCCACGCGUCUCUGGUCGCCCUGCACCAGCCCCUCAUCAGUUUCCCUCGGCCAGUGAAGAACACGUGGCUGAACCGCAAUGCCCCUCAACAGAGUAAAGAUUCUGUUAUCCCGGCCUUGGAAAAUGUGGUGUUUGGAACCAGCUACAUCAAACAGGUGUCUUCGGAUGGCAGGACGUUCCUAGUAUCAGACCAAUGUCUGCAGCAUGCAUUCUCUCUGCACCACAGCCUCUGUGCCAGCCUGCUGUUGGCUUAUCAGGGCCUGUUUGGUUACUUCACCAGCGUCAGCCAGGACCUGCCGUCCUCGCACCGCAUGGAGCUAGCCAAGCCCAGCAUGCAAGUGCUCUAUGAGAGAGUACUCAGAAGACCCUUCCCUCCAGACCAAAGGCACGUCUUCAUAGAGAAACUAGAUGUAGAGAACCGUCUGACUGAACUCUGUCAUCAAGUGAAGCAGAGGGCGGAGAGCCCGGACGAGCUUGCGGAGCUGAUCAACAUGAACCUGGCCCAGCUGUGUUCUCUGCUCAUGGCUCUGUGGGGUCAGUUCCUGGAGGUGGUCUCGCUGCAGGAGAAUGUCUCCGCCCUGCUGGCCAUGGAGCACCACACGCUCAGAGUUCGGAGAUUUGCAGAGGCUUUCUUUUGUCUGGAACACCCGAGACAAACAGCACUGGCCUAUCAAGAGCUACAUGCUCACAGUCACCAGCAGAUGACCACGGCCAUCAAGAGCUCCUCCUACUUCCUGUCUCUGCCGCCGCUACCAGUUGAGUGUGCCGAUCUGGAUGGGGACGUUAACUCUUUACCGAUCAUCUUCGAGGACCGAUACCUGGACUCCAUCACGGAGGAUCGUGAUGGGCCGUGGCUGGGCGUGCACACCUCCCGGACUGGCUCCUCGUCCUCGGGUAACUCCAAGGCCAGCUCUGCAGCGUCGGCCUCCUUCCCCAGCCCAAUCCUGGAGCCUCAGCCCCCAGCCAUGAUGGACACGUCCUGGCCAGACGACUGCCCAGAACUGCCCAAGUCAAAAGGCAAGUCUGUCAAACUGAAGAAAACCACCAAGACCGAGAAGGAGAUGUCCAAGAAGCUCAUCAGGCAGGCCUCCAAGGAUUCUGUGGUUCUGGUGGGCUAUAAGAACCUGGGCAAGGCUACUAACCCACAUGGAGAAGCGGCCAAAAAGGAGGCCCAGGGAGAGGAGAAGGAAAAGGAGACCUUGCUGAGCCCAGAGGGGACUGCUGGGGACCCCAGUACUGACCUUAGGACUAGUAGCUCCAAAUAUGUUCCAGAUCCUGGUGCUGGUGUCACCACACUCAGCGGGCAUGCAAAUGCUCUUCUUAAUUUUGACUCUUUCCUAGAGGAUGACGUCCUGGUUGCCAGUGGCGUUGCUAGCCAGAAAGGCUACUUCACCGCCCUCGUGAGCUUGGACACCCAGAACAAGCCAGCCCAGGCCGGUACUGGAGCUGCAUUAGCCGCGGACGGCAACAAAGCAAUAAACCAGAAUGCUGUCGUCGACCACUGCAGCCAGAAGCUGCCCCUCCUUCCCACGCCCGGAUGUACCGCGGCAGGGCUACGGCACAUCGACGUCAAGCCCAGUGACAAGGACCCGUACACUGGGGACAGGGUUACCAUUCUGCUCCCCUGUCGGACGGACGGGGAUGGGACCUCCAGGACGGAGGUCCCUGAAAUUACCCAGACGGACUUGUGUGUGUCUGAUCCUUUAAAAGGCCGCCCUCUGGACGAGUUAAAGUCAGACGCGUUUAACAAGCCCCGGAGUCAGGAGUUGUUGACGGAGGUCAGUCAGAGGUCAGGUCUGGUGCUUCAGCAGCAGGUGAAGGGGGAUUGUACUAGACUCCCACCCGACGGGGGCGCCGGACUCCCAGCUGUCUCCUCGCGCCACUCCGACUCUGGCAUUGAGAGCGAGCCCAGCUCCUUCGCCACCCAGCUGGCCACCCAGGGUUGGCCCGGAGGGCUUGCUGGAGCCCCGGAGCCGGAGUUUUGUCCCCAGCAGACGGAGCGACUCCCCGUAGGCCCGGUGCCGCGGCCUGCCCCGCCCCCCUCCCUCCUGAAGGGUGGUCUGGGGGCCGGAGAGUGCGUCAACCUGGAGAGCACGGUCAGCGCGGUCAGCGGUGUCCAGUCGUCCCUCACGUCCAUCAACUCGCUGCCCUCGGAUGACGAAGUCGAGGGGGAGGGGGGCGCGUCGGUGUCCAGGGGCUCCAGCAGCAGCGGGGAGGCCGAGGAACCGCUGGGUCCAGCGCUACGGAUCAGGUCCAGCAUCCUGGUACAGGAGCAGCAGAGCCUGGUGUUCUCAGGAUGUCCGCCUGUGCCGGCGCACUGCUCCGUGCCCAGCCGAACACACCCGAGCCCUGGCCUGGCUCCCGGCAGCGCCAACCCUGCCAGCGGAGCUCUUGGUUCUCUGGCUCCGCCUCCUAGGACUUUAUCCUCGACGUCGGAGUCGACGCUUAACACCGACCCCAGGUUGUUAACCGGUGCCUGUUGGGGAGUUGCGCCGGAGGCCCUGCCAGCCUCCUGCCCCUCCAGCAACUCCACGGCCAGCAGCAGUGACCUGGUCAAGAAGGGACUGGUGGAGAACUACUUCGGCUCUCGCUCCAGCACCGACGUCUCCGAGAUCAGCCCUGUGGAGACCUCCGCUAUCACCCUGGGUAUCCUGACGGGGCCGCCUGCCGAGGAAGAGGACGAGGACGAGGACAACGAGAUGAUCGAGAAUGGCUUCUACGAGGAAGGGGACGGCUCCGCAUUUGUGAACGGCGUCGUCGUCGAUGAUGAUGAUGAGGAGGAGAAGAAGGAGGGGAACGAAGGAGACGGGGGGGCGGUGGGGCGGAGUGUGUUGUUUGAACAGUUGGGCCUGGAUCAUGUACAGGAGCCAAGGGGACCUCCUCCAGGCUACGGGGCCCCUGUCCGGUCCCUGCUGGCCCCCGGCUCGGUGGGCUGUUCUCAGGGGCGACCUCCGGUCCGAACCCCCUCUGCCCUCACCUCCAACGCCCUGCGGUGGUAUGAGAGCGCACCCACGCCACAGAUGAAAGCUUUUGUGUUGGCCAAAGAGGAGUUGAAACAGCUGAGACUCCCAGGCUUCCUGUACAGUGAGGUUGGACAGCUGGCCUCUAGCGUUCCUUAUUUCAGCCUGGAGGAAGAUGAGAACUGUGACGAAGGCAUCCACCUCAUCGUCUGUGUCCACGGACUUGAUGGUAACAGUGCUGACCUACGUUUGGUGAAGACCUACCUGGAGCUGGGCCUACCUGGAGCCAGGAUCGACUUCCUCAUGUCUGAACGCAACCAGAAUGACACGUUUGCAGACUUUGAGCAGAUGACUGAUCGGCUAUUGGAUGAGAUCAUUCAGUACAUUCAGAUCUACAACCUCACUGUGUCCAAGAUCAGCUUCGUAGGCCACUCCCUGGGGAACCUGAUAGUGCGUUCAGUACUGACCAGACCCCGGUUUAAAUGUUACCUCAGCAGACUGCACACCUUCCUGUCCCUGUCUGGACCUCACCUGGGAACCCUGUACAACAGCUCUGCUCUGGUCAACACUGGCCUGUGGUUCAUGCAGAAGUGGAAGAAGUCAGGCUCCCUUCUUCAGCUCACCUGCAGAGACCACUCUGACCCCAGACAGACCUUUCUCUACAAGCUCAGCAAGAAAUCGGGUCUUCAUCACUUCAGGAACGUUGUGUUGGUGGGAUCUCUGCAGGACCGUUAUGUCCCGUAUCACUCCGCCAGGAUAGAGAUGUGCAAGACUGCCCUGAAGGACAAACAAACCGGUCCAGUGUAUGCAGAGAUGAUAGAGAACCUUCUUCUGCCGGUGCUUCAGAACAAAGACUGUAACCUGGUACGUUACGACGUCAUCCACGCCCUGCCCAACACCGCCAACUCACUGAUUGGCCGAGCAGCUCACAUUGCCGUCCUGGACUCAGAGAUCUUCUUGGAGAAGUUCUUCCUGGUCGCAGGCCUCAAAUUCUUUCAGUAAGAAGGGGAAGGGCCUACUAGUCCAACCAAUGGCUGAAUGAGGGACUAAGCCGCCCUCCCAAUCAAUAGCCUUGUCCCAUCUCUGUUUGUGCCAUUUUGGUCCUAUUCUCUUAGACAAAAGGUGCGUCUGUUGUCAUGUCAGGGUACGCGGGGUGAAAUUUGCACAUUUGAGGCCAUGUCAUCGGUGCUACAGUAAAAUAUCCACCCGUCUAGGGCAGCGGGCUAGCUGUAUCCAGCGCCCAAAAUGACAAGACAGCACAAACUGAUUUGGGACCAGGCUACCCUAUCAAACCUGUGUCUGGAGGGAGAGGUGAAGAGAGAACAUGGAACAUAGAAAUAUAACGGCUAGAAUGUCAAUCUAAUGUUUCUAUGUCUAUGAUGUGGAGCUUAUUACCUCACAGAAAAACCCAAUUCUCAAUAUUGUAUCUGGUAAACUUUUUUUUUUAAUAUAUAUAUAUAUAUACACACACAGUAUAUAUAUAUACAGUAUAUAUGCAUAUUCUUCCAUUUGGAAGGUUAACAUUUAUAGAUGUUUUUGUUUUUUUCCAUUUUUCUUUUCAUGUUUGUGGAUGUAUGUGGAUUAUGUUCACCUUAUUUUUCUAAUCAUAAUUUUCUUAAAAAUUUAAUUUUAUUGAAGUUAUAUCAUUGUUUCACAGUGUUAUUUAUCUAUUAAGUGUAUAUUUGUACAUGGUUUUGUUCAAACCAUUCAUUCAUGUAUUGAAACAAUUGAAAAACCGAACUGGAAAUGUAGCUGCUAAAAAUGAAAUGGUUAGUGGUCAGUGAGCGGACCCAAGCGACUAAUCUUCUCAUAUUUGUUUUCUUCACAAAAAAAAAAUCAAAAACUAAAAAUAUUAUAUUCAUUAAUUUGCACCACAACUGCAUAAAAAACGUUUUUGUACUGAGGAUGGUCAUUUUUACAAUGUACAUUUCUUACAAUCAAAAUGUUUUUCUUUUAUUUAUUUUUUUCAUUUCGCAAAGGUAUAGGCUUCCAGUUUCAGUCAAACUUACUUCACGGAAUCAAUUUGAUUGUAGCGCGUACAAUGCAGCCUGAGGCCGUGUGGUUGUAGCUCUGGUCCACAGCUAUGGGGGCCGCUUGCUGAUUCUGAGCCUUUCUAAACAGAGGCAGUGGCUACUUGUCAUUGCACAAUGGACCAGAGCUACGUUUUAUACAGUAUGCUGUUCCUUUGCCAUUACAGCAUUGUGCACAACACUAAACCCAACCUGGCGUUGGAAGCAUUACAAAAGCCUUGCUUAAGCAUGAGAGCAUUUUUAUUACGAGUGGUUUUCGGUGAACUUUAACAGUUAAACUACUUCAGCCACUGGGGUCGUAUUCAUUGUGGCACCGGUUGCAAAACUUUCUGCAACAGCGGGGAGAUGGAUGCUAAAUUUAGCAUUUCUUAUUGGACAAUUGGUUGAUUAUUCUUUCUUCCGCUUGGUACAUAAUGAAUUCGGGCCCAGAUGAAAAGGUGUUUAGCCAAGGGUCAGUUGUCAUGAAUAGCACAUAUCUAGGUUCAUGAAAAGUAUGUAUGUGUUGGCUUCAUGCACGGGGGAAUAUUAUUUAUACCUUUAAACAUGAAAGUAUUGUUUUUAGAUAAAAACGUCUAAUUUUGUCAAUGGUUUGUAUCAUAGCACUCUUUACCAUUAAAUACAUGUAUUAUAA